CGUCGCUCCCCGCCCGGCCCGGCCCGGCCCCCGCGCUCGCCAAUGGGCGCCGGGGGCGGGGCCCGCGCGGCUCCGCGGGGCGGCCGGACGCUCGGUCCAGUGUAUGCUUUUCAGAGCACCCUGGCUUGUGAAGCAUUACUUGGUUAAACGGGAAUUGAAGCAGGACAACGCCAGCCCCUCUUGGUCCAGAAAAGGGCUCCGCCGCGGGACCGGCCCUCGGGAAGCAUGGGAAAGGGCUACAAGGUGGUGGUUUGUGGAAUGGCCUCUGUGGGAAAGACUGCGAUUUUGGAGCAGCUUCUCUAUGGAAAGCACACUGUUGGCUUAGAAGAGGGUGCCACGAUGGAAGAUGUGUAUUUGGCGUCGGUGGAGACAGACCGGGGCGUGAAGGAGCAGCUGCGGCUCUAUGACACCAGGGGGCUGCAGGAGGGCGUGGAGCUGCCCAAGCACUAUUUCUCUGUGGCCGACGGCUUCGUGCUGGUGUACGCCGUGACCAGCCUCGAGGCGUUCCAGAGAGUCGAGCUGCUCAAAAGGGAGAUCGACGUCUUCAGGGACAAAAAGGAGGUUGCAGUUAUUGUCUUGGGAAACAAAACUGACCUCCUGGACCAAAGGCAAGUGGAAACAGAAGCAGCACAGCAAUGGGCAAGGGCCGAGAAAGUGAGACUGUGGGAAGUGACUGUGACAGAUCGAAAAACACUGCUUGAACCCUUCACCUUCUUAGCUAGCAAGCUGUCCCAGUCCCAGAACAAAUCAACGUUUCCCUUGCCUGGAAGGAAGAGCAAAGGGAAUAACUGUGAAAACUAGACUAGCUUAGCAUUGUCUCCUGCUGCCAGGUCACAGUCUAAGUCCUUUUUGUGCCAUUUGCUUCUUGCAAAGUUUCACUUCAAGCAAUAAUAUCAUUCAGCAAUAAAAUCAGCAAGUUUAUAGCUAAGAGGUAUCCUUCCUUCUCACAGACUUGGCUUGGAAAAGCCACUGGUGGUGAAAGCCACAAAAAGCACUUUAUGAGAGUUAUUUUGCAACCAGGGUUAUGGAGGAGGAAGGGAUUGAUGGAUACCUCUCUAGCAGGGGCUUUACUAUGCCUGGAUACAGCCAUGUUGAGGGACAAAUCAACAAGCUUACCAGUAUAUAAUCCUCUUGCAGAUCUAUAGCCUGUAGUCACAAAAAGUAUUAGCUGCAAUAAAGCACUCAAUUUGGAAAGGUGAUAUAUUUGAAAUGGCAACAGUUCUUUUACCUUGACCUUAAACAGGGCCACAGGGCUUUUUGAUGCUGCAAGAGGCUGAGAUCAGUGUCUUGCUGUAUGAGAAGGGUAUGGAACAGGAGAAACAGUUAUCAGAUUUAGCAAGAAAAAAAAAUCCUGGGGAAAAAAAUAAUAAAAAAAUCACUUCCCAUAUCUUCUGGGAAAUACCCCAACAUGUACCUUGUCAACAAAGUCUAGUACACAGUGCUUUCAGGUCAGGAAUUCAUUUGUAGAAACCAGAAAAGCUCUCAGAGCACUCACUGAUUGAACAGCAACCGAAGGACAACAUAGCUGUGGGUUUGUUCCAGUAUGUCCACAACAAAUCAGUCACUUUCCCAUAGGUGGUGAUUUUUCUGAGAAUUAUAUAUUGUAUUUUGUAUGCAGGAGGUAUUGCUGGGCUCUGCUUAGGGCAUGCUUACCUGGCUGCUAAGGCAAGCUGCAGCAAUCCACCCUCCCUAGGCCAGAUAACAACUGGUACAAAGGGCUGUGUGGCUCUGCAGGUGGGGGCUAAGGAGGGUAGGAGGCUGCCUUUUUGGAGACAUCCCUGUGGGAAUGCCCAGAAAUCCCUGUACAAAUGGCCCUGGUCUUCAUGUGCUGCACACGGUCUGGCUGUGGGAGCACGACUGCAUGUGCUAUGUUUGGCUCAACACUGACAAACCUGUGUGCUGCAGGAACUGCUGUCCCAGGCCAGCCUGGCAGUAAACUGAAUAAAAGGGGAUAUACAGAGUAACAGAAUGAGCAACUUUUCCCAGAGACAAGUGCCAGAUUUUGGCAUCUAACAACCUCCUGUACUAAUGGAUGCUCGCUUUUCUUUAUAUUUGAAGGCAAGAGCAGGGAGAAUGAAGUAACCAGUUUCUGCAUUUUCCACUAAAUUAAUCCUCUUUUGAACAAAUACUGAGAAUUUCACUGUGAAUCAGCAAAACCACAAGCAAUAUUUGCACUGUCAUAUCAUAACUGCUAAAUAGUGUGCUUAAUGAUGACAAUUAAGCUCAUAGUAUUGUUCUUCCUGAAUACUGAUUAAUAAAGCCUGUCAGCAUUACUAAAGUCUGUCAGCAUUAUUAAUGUCAGAGCAAUAGUACACUUCACUAAAAAUUAAGCAGGAAUACCUACCAUUAUAAUGAAGGCAGACGAAACUGUUUAUGUGCUUUGCUCAAUAUAGUUUGAAUUGCUGUGGCCAAGGAGUAAGAUAAGAGAGCAAUUAUGAAUGAGCAAACUCUUGUAAUGCCCUGCUAGGAACAUACAAUUGUUUCCAUUGCAACACUGCAGCUGAGUAAGCACUAUAGCACGACCUCCCCCCACCUGGCCAGUAAUAGUCAUUGUCCCCAGCGAUGCUGCAGGAUGACAUUCCCUCCUCACUCAUUUCCUCCUGAACACACGUGUACUCCAGGCUUCUCCCUGCCCAGAAGACUCUGUAUCUGCCUGCUUGCUUGGGAAGUGGAGGUGAAUUCAGAGCAGCAGUGGUUCACCUCCUCACUGCAACCUCUUACCAAGGAACGGGGCCAUGUUCCUCUUGGGCUCUGCAGAACCCUUCUUCUGGAAGGGACUUGAAUCAGCCUUGGAUCAGUCAAAGUGAAGAUGUCUACUAACAGCACAUCACUAAAGCUGACCCUAGAGGCAAGGCAGUGCAGGUUGACAAGUCAGAGUGAGCUUAAAAUGCCUGGAGAUGGAAAGAAUGGGGAUGACUGGUUCCUUUCCAGCUCUGCAUGCUGCAGACUCGGUGCCAAUUCUUCCGCCAAGACUGAUGUCACCUGUAGGCUGCCAGAGCUGCGCAGUGCAAGUGUAGCUUGCUCCACUGGACUCCCAGGACUUGACAAUGUUUUAAGACAUGCAAGAGAAACAGUAUCUUCUAAAUGACUAAGGACAUUUUUUCAAAUAGACUACAUAAACACAAACACAUUUUCUUUGAUUUGGCUAAAUUUAGAGUUCAGAUCAUUCAAGGCAUUUAUAUUACAAAUAAAUCACCACCCACGGUUUUCUUUCAUAAACUUAUUCUGAUGUUUUUCUCAAUAUCAUAGUGUUUUACUGACAAGUGAUGGAAAAUCUAGCAUCUCCACUGCAAAUGAUAUGCAGACAGUGGCUGGUACUGAGUAAAAAUGAAACUUGCUGUAGUAGAGUUUAACAUAGGGUGAAUAAGCAAAGUACAGAGUAUAACAUAGUAGCUAAUGGGCAGAACAUUUUUUUUUUUUUGUUGUUCUUACUGCUCCACUGACUCAAACUGUUCUAGGUCACUGGGAUCACUUACCUUCUGCAAAACCAGAGUCCCUUCACAAGAUAAUGGAGAAAAAUAUUAUAAAUAAGAAAAACAAAUUAGUAAACUAAACUAUCUGUCUCUGUUCUUCUAAAGCCUCUAUCCUGCUGAAUAAACACCCUACAAAUCAGUUGCCCACACCGGUUACAACAGUUAAUUUGACAUGUCCUGGUGGCAAGAAGCUGGCAAAAACCUACUGAAAUGAAGCCAUUUGCAUCUUUAUUCAGUAGAGGAGAAAGAAAGAUUACCAGAGAUGAUCCUAGUGUGAUGUAACUAUAUACCAAACAGACAAACAGCUGAGGGAGCUGAUAGACCAAAACAUGCACUGUGUCAAAUGACAGCAGUUCAGCCAGAUGAGGGUAUGGUGCUACUACCCACCCAGCAAAGGAAAGGACACCUCUAAUUACAGAUUACUUUGGACCAAGUUAGAUUUGCUCUGUAUCUAGGUAGGAAGAGAAGUAUGUAAAUGAAAUACAUACAGAAUUUAUUUUGAAGUACCUAACCAAAUCCAAGAGUGCAGACAACCACCCAGCAUUCCCAAGGAUGUCGUGAGGUGAAGCACUUGCCAUGUGAAAAUGAAUCUGUGCUUCCUGCCUUUACCUUCAGGGAGUGGUCAGAAAUGCCAUAUCCAUAACCAAUUGCCCUGUUGUUACACACCUCAAUGUAAACACUAUGUCUCUAGGAGAUAAUCUUUAUAGGUAGUUAAAGGAUCUACAGAUACUCCUUUACGGUGCUGUCUGCCACCUUACCAGGACAUGAUUCCUUCUCUUCCAAGUGUGAAUAGACCACUCCAUCAGAAAAGCAUCAAGAUAUUAUUUUCCUCCUUUUACUUUCUGCCUCUUUCCCUUCCAGAUUGUACUUUCAAACAACAUGCCAGUCCUGCAGAAGCAAGGCUGUGAAAACUUAAGUUAAAAAGUAACUAUCGUGGACUCUGUGGCAAGUUACCUCCUCACGGCCAGGUCCCUGCACAACACUCAGUGAAUGGUUGUGACGGUCUUAUGCUGUCAUUCAUUGUAUGGUUGUCUAGAACUGUCUUCCUAAAAUAGCAGCAGUCAGUGCACUCACCUGCAGAUCUCCUUGUCCUUAACCACAGCAUAAAUCCUUCAAAGCAUACAGAGACACCAUUCUGGCAAAAUGACAAAGCAAGGGACUAAGCAGAAAUCUUUUCUUCUUCUUUUUUUUUUUUUUUUUUAAACAUCUUUUUAUUAGCACAGUAACAAAUGCAGACUUAUGUAGCCCACAACAUACAACCAAUCCACUGAGUGACUCCUAUUCCACACCUUACAGUUAAACAGCUUAAGGUAUUUCACUACAGGUUACCGUAAGUCCUGAUUAAACCCUUUAUUCUUUUCACAAAGAUAGAUUGGCUUAUAAAAUAAUACAUUAAGUACUUCUCAUUUCAUAUAUGAGGCCAUAUAUCCACCUCUCCAUAUCACAGAUAAUGAGAUGACAGUCUUUAGAAAGAAUUUGUUAAAUACCAAUGUGCCCUCCAUAGGGGAAAAAAAAACCAAAACAAUCUAAACAUCUUUUUACAAAAAAAGAAAAAGAAAAAAACAAAA